GAGUUCGCUCGCAUACUUAAGAAUCCUGCCGAUAGUUGACAUGGCCCGAAGUGGAGUGACUGCGUUGAGCUUUGCCGUUCUUCUGGCUCUAUUGGAAAUAGGAUCCUGUAUGAGAUGCUACCAAUGCAACUCGCAGUCGGAUCCUAAAUGCAAGGACCCCUUCACGCCUAACGAAAGUCUUUUAAUGGAUUGCAAGAGUCAGGAUUCUGUGAACUUCAAUCGCGGUUUUUUGAGCCAGAUCCUGCCAGCUGAGCUUCUGGAUUCCGUACCCGGCGCACCAAGACAAUGCCACAAAAUAAUUAUGCAAUCCGGAACAACGAUUCGUACUUGCUUGGACGUGAACCCCAGCAGCCAGCCGGCCACUUGUGAGGCUCUGAAGAAAGCUCAGGACAUCAGCAAACAAAGCAAGUACUGCAGCGUGUGCGACAAGGACAAAUGCAAUGGGGCUGGAUCUGUAUCUGUUUCCCUCCCACUGGCGUUCGCAGCCGCCAUUGCUUCCUACAUGUAUAGCAAGCAAUAAUGAAAUGUAUUAAUUAAAUAGCUAUAAGUACCUAUAUUGUUUAC